CAAACAGGUAUUACGUCGCCAUCUGUUGAAUUUUUAAGGAACUGUUCGCUUUGGAAGACGAUUAGUAAGGCGAAAGAGGAUAACUUUAUUUUAAUAUAAGUUAUAAUUAUAAUUUAUGUGUUUUCUUUUUUUGGAAUAUGUAAUUGUUAGUGUUCUUGGAACUAAUCCAGGUCGAUUCUAAGAUUUUUAAACGUUUAAGUAGUUAAGUCGAUAAUUCGCACUAUCGACUAUUGGACGAUCGGACCAAUCCUAUCAUUGCCUAUCUGUGACGGUUGCAGUCAAGGUUAUCGUUGUAAACAUGUUUAGGUUUUUCGAGCUAUUUCCUGCGUCCCAUUUAAGAGAUGUCUAGUCUAGUCGAAAUUUAAUUUUUUACAAUUUAUUUUAAAACUUUCGAAGUAAGUCUUAUAUUCUAUAUCGAUUAAUUUUGAGCUUCUUUUUGCCAAAGCUUUUUUUUUUUUGAAAAUCUAUUUUGAGAAAUAAAAGAAAAAAUCCCUAUAAUUACAUUUAAAUUAGUUUGGGUUCUUUGACUUCACUCUGUAUAUCCAAGGUCUCAUCCCAGGACAACUAUCAAAACUUCCAGCUAUGUUUGUUAUGGAUCUCAAACACUCUAAAACUGAAGGGUGGCAACUUUCAAAGAAUUGUGUUCAACAAAGAUUCAAAGAGCUAUUAUGUCUUUCUCAGUGGACUGAUUGUGCGUUUCAAGUUGGGACUGAAAAAAUUGAGGUGAUACAUGGGCACAAACUUAUCUUGGCCGUAACAUCGCCAGUUUUUGAAGCUUUAUUCUAUGGCCCAUUAGCUGAUGAGAAAAACCAGGUGAUUACUGUACCUGACAUAGAACCUCAUACCUUCCAUUUAUUCUUAUCUUAUGUAUAUUCUGACGAGGUAAACCUUCAGAGUAUUGAAGAGGCUGGUGAGCUGCUUUACGUUGCCAAGAAGUACAUGGUGCAGCCGCUCACAAUGACGUGCCUCUACUAUCUGGUUCAACACACUUUAAUCAGAACCCUAUGGGACAUCCUUUAUAUUGCUGAGGUUCUCAAUGAAGAAGAACUUUUCGCAUCUUGUAUCAAGAUUAUGAGUCGCUAUCAUUAUGAAAUAUGGAACAGUGAAAACGACAGCUUGAGUGUUGGUACUCUCUGUCGCUUACUGGAAGAGGAUCACAUGAAUAUGACGGAAGGAGAAGUUUUAUCAAUGGUACUCGACUGGGCAAAGAAAGAACUAACCAACAGAGGUUUACAGGACACAACUCAAGCCAGAAGAAGGUUAUUAGAAGACACAGGUGCCCUUUAUAGGAUACGAUUUCUAGCAUUACCUCCUGAAGAACUUCUCUCCUUGGAAGAUGUCUUAACAGAGCAAGAAUUACUAGCAUUUAAAGACCGCCAAGUGCCUCACGGUUUCUGCAGCUUUACAACGCCGAGAAAGCAAGUAAUACCUGUUGUUUGGCGAUCAACUAGAGAGCUUUUAUCUAGCAGGAGCAAAAUGUGGAUAAAUAGAGGUGAGGUUGUCACUACAAUCCAAUCUUCCUCUAGGGUUCUGGUCAUUGGAUUUGAAGUCUUUACACGCCUUGCACAGAUAAAUGAUUACGUCAGAACUCCUGCUCCCAACUCUUCCUACAGGGAACGUCUCGUCGUUCUCAUUAAAGAUCCAGAUGGAAAAAUGCUUCAGAAAACAGAAUAUGAUAGGAAUGUUCACUUUAAUAGCUCACAAUGUGUCAAUCUCAUAAGACCGUUCUGGUUCGAACCCAAUGUCAAGUAUACUAUUAGUAUAAGUUUUAUCGGGGGUCAGUACCCGAUUUGUACAUUUAAUGAUGCAUCCAGCAAAGGUACAAAGUUCUUAUUUGAAGAAGUGAUGGUGGUAGAUGGAUCAACUCCAAUCUAUAGUAGUUUUAUUAUGUCCAUUUCUUAUGCGUUAUAAUUUAAGAUACCUGUUUUUUGUGAUAUGAAUUUACAUUCAGGAUUAUUCAAUUAAAUUGUGAUUAAAAAUAAUGUGAGCUUGAAUUAAGGCCCCCAGCGUGCAAAGUGAUAGGCUGGUUUAAGAUUCAAUAGAUACUCUGUGAUAUAGUUUUCAGUGUCUACGCUUAAAGUAAAUAUUUAUUUAAAAGAUUAGGUUAAUUAAAUAUAUUAACUAACUGUGACUUCAUGAAAAAAAGUUGAUAUUUUUUAUCUAUUACUUGAUUCACAUUUUAGUCAGUUUUGUAAUUCUUACGGAACUAAGUUAGUAUUUACAAGGGUAAUAUUAGGGGUACAAGUAAGUUUUAAAGGAUAUUUGUGAAAAUUAAUGCUUUUCCCCAUCUUUAUUAGAGUAGACGAAUAUCGUUUGAUAAAACAAAUGAUCUUCAGAGACAUUUCAAAAAUCGACUCAUAUUUUUGCAUUUCUUGUAAGGCUGCUCAUACAGGCAUCAUACAUCAUUAAUAUAAAUAAGUAGUAAUUUGAAGAAGCAAUGCCUGCAGUUACAGCAGCUAGGGUAGGAUAUCCAUUUUGAAUAUUUCCAAGUAGUUUUUGACUAAAAAAUAUGAAUGAAAAAUGUUUCAAUAUCUCAUAUUUGCGGUGCUCAAUUUUCUUGCUAAUGUACCAUAUCCAUGACUUUGAAACCACUGUUCCCAAACAUUCUUCUUCUUCAAAUGUUUCACCACUUUUGUGCUGUGUAAUUCAAUUGUUAUUAUUUCACAUUAAUGCAAUAUGGUCCCCAAUAACUUCAUUUUUUCUUCGAAUCGAAGCAGAAAAAUAAGCAUCUCAGUGAUUUACUUUAUUGCAUUAAAAAAAAAAACAAGUUUCUAAAAAUUUUUUUUUUAUUCAUUGAUAUUUACAACUGUAUUAUAAACAAAUACAACUAGUAAAUGUUCACACAGUAAUAAUACAAUCACAUGAAAACGCUUGUUGAGAAACUACCCAUUGGUAGCACUCUAAUUCUAAAAAAAAAAAAAAAAAGAAGUUUGCUCUUCAAUGACACUUAAACAUGAGUGGUUAGGUUAUGGUCCACCAAUACAAUUUAAUACUAGUGCAAACACUUCCUAAUAAAUUCUUCAAAACUUCCUUGUACGCCCGAUUGGUGCUAGAAUUUUUGUUAUUUGAUGUGAAUUAGACUGUUUUACUGACAAAAAUGUUUAUUGAAACUUAUUUUAAAAUAUUGUAUUCAAGAAUAUUCUAUUUUUCUUGUUAACUAUUCAAAAAUUAGUUAGAUAGUUCUAUAAUUAAGUAAUUUUUAUCUCUUUAGUUGUUUAUAUAUAAGCCAGAGCUUAUUUAAAAUACUCACGAUUCCUUGAGAGAAAAAAAGUUGUUUGUGAAAAUAGAUUAUUAUCUUAUACCUCUUAUAAUUUUACCUGAAUAUGUAAUCCAUAUUUAGUGACAAUACAAAAACAAAUUUCUUCAAAUUUUAUUCAUUUUAUUGAUUCAGUCAUUCCCUCUCCGAUCUAAUGAUAUACUUAUCAUACAUGAGAUCCUUGCAGGUUUUUUUUGUAUCUCACAUGAAUAGUUAAGGUCCACCCAUGGAGAUUACAAGAAAUUUUGGAUGCUUCUGAAGAACAGCACCAGGAAAAGAAGCUCUACGGUACUUCAUGACAAAGACAAACUUAAUGUCAGAAGAAUAGGCGGCUAAAUUUGCAGACUAAUAUGAUAACAUAACAAGACGAACUGGGUCUUAACUGAACUUCCAAUGGAAGAUGUUGGGGUCCAUUACAUUUAUGUAUUCUCAAAGCAAAUAAAGGCCAUAUUCCAUCAUUCGAAAGGAAACAACUACCAAGGUCACUUGACCAUCAUCUACAACUCCUGCUUCAGGUUGAGAUAUUCUAGCUAUCCUUUUCCCUCUAUGGAAACUUGUGAAGAAGAUGUCCCAGUUAGCAGACUGCAGACACUAGUGUCUAGGGAGCAAAAUAUUUUUGAGGAGGAGCCAACAUUGAGUCUGGAUGGCUUAUACUGUCAACACUUGGUCUCCCCUCCCCUUCUCAGUUCAACGAACUAUAAUUGACCUUGUUUUCUGUAAGCUCUUGUGUUUGAAAUUUCUACUUUAAUUUUACUUUUAACAUAUUGUUUACUUUCAUUUUUUUUUUUUUUUAUU